GCACCUUUCUUUUACUUCAAUACUCAGAAAAGAAUGGCUGAGUCGGAACGGCUCCUCUUAGACGACAACAAAAAUUCUAUGAGUAAAAGUUCUGCCAAUAUGGAUUCCCAUUCCCUGCCAUAUCACAGAAUGAGUUUUGUAGACGAUAUUUUAAGUCCUACAGAGAAAAAAUUUUUGAAGUUAGUUGAACAAGGAGACAUCGAUGGGCUGAAAAAUUUGCUAAAGACGAAAAAGCAAUUGAAUCUUGAUUGCUGUGAUUACAAAGGGAGACGAGCAUUGGACAUUUCUAUCAAGAGAAGAGAUAUAACGAUGUUUGAAUUUCUGCUACACGAACUGAAAAUUAGCAACUUACAUUACUAUUGCGCGAUGUUAAGCGCCGUUCUAGAGAAUGACGUAUACAUCUUGGAAAUAUUAUUUAACAGAAUUGAGGAAACAGAGAACGUCAAACAAUGUCUGCAGUGUUUAGUAGGUGGUGGACCUGAGUGCUUGCGUUACCUUCCAGAAGUUGCCUCUUCGAACUUAACUCCGUUGAUGGUAGCUGCGCUUGAAGGAAACAUUGAAAUAACAAAAAUGUUUCUAGAAAGAGGUUAUCUGGUGAAAAAGCCUCAUUCUCCCAACUGUAUAUGUGAAACAUGCUGCACUAAUCGAGCGAAAACAGGUGAAACUCUAACGGAAUCGAUGAGCAGGAUCAACACAUAUCGUACUUUGGCCAGUCCAACUUAUCUCAUCCUGACAACCUGCGAUCCAAUUCUUGCUGCUUUUCAACUAAGUUAUGACUUAGAAAGAUUAUCAUGUAACUUACCAGAGCAUCAGAAAGAGUACAAAGAAUUAAGUCGUAAAUGUUCCAACUUUGCCGCAGACCUGCUGGACGAAUGCCGAACAACUGAGGAAGUAAAGACGUUGCUUUCUCAAAGGCUGGGUUGUCCUGAUACCAGACCUGAAAUGUUGAAUCGGUUUGUUACAGCUGUACAUUACGGGCAAAAGCAAUUUGUAACUCAUCCAAACUGCCAACAAGUCUUGAGAUCGAUUUGGGUUGAAGGACUUCCGUGGUACAGCUGGACAUCACGAAUGCGAGUGCUACAUGUUAUCAAACAUUCUUUGCUGAUGCCUAUAAUUUGCAUUGCAUAUGCAUUUGCACCAAACGCGAAAAAGCUUGAAGCCUUGAACAUUCCAAUAAACAGAUUCAUCUAUUUUACAUCAUCAUAUUGCGUGUUUCUACUCUUAUUACUCAUGACUUUAUUAUGUGACAGAUUCAGCGGUUCAUUUCAAGCUUUAGUAACGGAAUCAUUAGUCGGUCUAUGGAUUCUAGGAUUUUUCCUCGACAUCUUACUGAAAUGCUGGAACGGCUGCAAUCGAGGCAUAGGAACUUGGUACAAAACCUAUAGUUACGACUUCAUCAUGUCACUCCUAUUCGUUAUUUCGGAAUUAAUCUUUGUGAUGAAUCUAACAGGAGAAUUAAGUGGACCAAAAGAUAGAAGAGAUAUGUCUGGCUAUGAUCCAGUUCUGGUUGGAGAUGCUAUUUAUGCGAUUGCAUCCAUAAUGGCAUUUUGUCGAUUGAUAAUAUGGUGCAAGCUGAAUUGUAAGCUUGGACCUCUAACAGUUUCUUUUAAACAUAUGCUUGGAGACGUGGCUCGUUUCUUCGUCCUUUUCUCCGUUAUUGUCAUUUCUUUUUCAAUUGGCAUGAAUUCUAUAUAUAAGUACUACGAAAAUUCGGAACAGUGCUCAAGAGGUGGCGAUUAUUAUCAUCAUGGAAAUGAAUUUCAAACGUUGUUUCAAACAGGCAAUAAUCUUUUUUGGGCAAUUUUUGGCAAAGGUGAACCUCAUUUCGCGGAUAUCUAUAACUGCCAAAAUAAAACAAAUGGGGAAGUGUCAAUGGAUGAAAUAAUCAUUGAUGAAAACAGACAUUACUUCACAGAAGCUGUUGGAUACGGAAUGUGGGGAAUGUACCACUUUAUUGCUUGUCUAGUAAUUCUGAAUAUGCUAAUCGGAAUGAUGGCAGAAAGCUACCAGCGAGUUCAAGAAAAUGCUGAUAUGGAGUGGAAAUUUGCUUGUUCAACUCUUUGGUUAAGUGUAUUUGACGUUAGCUGUUUGGUGCCUCCUCCUUUUAAUCUUCUGCCGUCAAUACAAUGGUUCAUGACUCAAUACAAAUGGAUGAAAACUGUAGGAAAAGGAGAAAAAUAUUCUGCAUAUUUAACACCAUCAGAAAAGAAAGAAUGCUACAUUAAACAUGAAAAAGAAAGGUUAGAAAAAAAGUGCGAAGAUGAAAAAUACGAGAAACUAAUGGUGCAGCUAAUUAGGCGUUACUUGCACUCAAAUGGUUUAAAGGAAUCGGCUGUGACAUCUACCUCAGGUCAUCGUUGCUGCUGGAAAAGACAAAAUGACAAGAAGAGAAGUAAGUCAGCGAAAGAGGAUAACCCUGAACAAAUCAACUGAAUUCAACAAAUAUUAUUUUUUAGAUAUAAUAGAAUUUUGAGCUGCAAAUUUGCUAGAAAAUAUGUGUACUUGAGUAUUAAUAUCUGCUGGCAUUCAAAAAAUUAAAUUCAAUGUAAUAUCAAUCUGAA